GAGGAAGCAUGGAGCCCACACUCCGCUUGCUGCAUGGCAUAGAAAAUGGACCCCGUGCAAGGAAAAAAGUUUUAUCUGCAAUCUGGCACGUUGUUGCGGGAAUUCUACAGAGUGACGCCAGCUUCAAACCUUCUAUUCGAUUGGAGAGAGGUUUUCUUCGAUGGUGUAGCAAUGACUUUCCCAAGACUCCAGAACUUGAGGGAUUGCGUGAUUGAUCUGAUUCUCUGUCCGAUUUCUUGUUUUUGAAGGCUCCGUGAACGUGUUGAAUUCUUGCAAGAUGGAGGACUUCUGAGUGUGUGGCAGUUGUUGUUGCCCUCUAUGUUGGGUGUGACAAUCUGUAGAAGGAUGUAUUUGACAUUUUGUGCUGGACGAGUUGAAGUCGGGAGCCGUAUGCGAAAAGGCAUGCGCGAGCUAGCUAUGCUCAUGCGCGCAAUAAACUCUGAGAAGCGAUUUCUGUGUAGUCUGCAAUGUCUCAGAAUUCUAUGAUCUGCCUCUCAUGAAAUCAACCUCCACGUUUGGCUCUAUGGCGAUUAUCCAGAGCUUGCUGGCUGAACGUGCGAGGCCAGUUUUUUCUGAGGCCUCCGCUUCUUUUUCUUUAGACUGUUUAAGGGCGCCACGGCAAUGGACACAGAGCGUAUCGUUUUUCACCAGAGGAAAUUACUUGCAGGGGAGGCAUAUGGCAAAGAGAAUGGUGAUCUCACUCAGAAGAAAUUCCCUCCUGAACUACGUUUGGUUUGGAGACACGUCCAUGAUCAAAUUCGCCCCUCAUGUUAUGCGUUCUUAUGCAAUAUCGAAACAAUGCAGUAGAGAUUGUGAUGAGCCUUUGAUACACUGUUUAGCAUUAAAUCUCAGAUCUAUAUUCAGCCUCCCACGUGGGCACGGAGUCGCACAGGAUGAAGAGAGUCAGGAAUGUGGAGGACAUGGUCUACUUCGCUAUGCUAUUUUCACCUUCGUGGGACUCAUGGGAGGACUUAGUAUGUUAUUUUCUCUUGUUCAUGAACCAGCUUUGGCGUUGUCGACUCACGAAUUUGUCGAUAUGAAUCUAGAAAGUAAUGAUGUGACACUCGAUCGAGACUCUGAGGCUCAAACGAUGGAAUCAAGUUCAGUUUUCUUGGGCUGCCCCGCGAGAGGCCGUGCAGCACCUUUGAGCCUUUUGUUGAGGUAUCCGAGAAACUUUAAGGACCACUCCAGCUUCCAGUUUCUGACCCCGGACAUAGUUCGAGAGUGGGCGGGCGAGAGCUCAGGGGCUAGUUAUGGUCAGAUAGUUGCAGCUCGAGAGGAUAAAACAUCGAAGAAGGAUAUGUACACACGUGACGCGUGGAUGGGCAUGCGACGACUGGAGCAAUACGGACGUUUGGUGGAGAGCAUGGAAGACAAGGAAAAACUCUGUGUGGACUGUGUCCGGAACCGCAGGCUUCUCGAGCAGGUGUGGCAGACCGUCUCAAAUGACUACUAUGAUCAUUAUGGCAGCUUUUCCCAAUCACAAUGGGCAGGCGAGUUAUACCGCACACUAUCCAAGGCUGGGGGGCUUCUCGAAACCAAAGCCGAAACGUAUGCAGCAGUUAAAGAAAUGGUGUCACACCUUGGUGAUAAGUACAGCUCUUUUCUCGUUCCGAAUGAGUAUCGCCUAGCAAUUCAUCGCCCUUUGCAGUCUGAAAUCAAGUACUUAUCCUACCAAUACACUGGGAUUGGCAUGGAGCUAGGAGGUCGGUCUUUAGACGGGAGCUUCACCAUUGUGGCUCCAUUUGCUGGCUCUCCUGCAGAAGAGGCUGGAAUUCUAGGAGGUGAGAAACUUGUGGCAGUUGAUAACAUGAGAAUGGAGUCAGUGAGCCGAGACGAAGCGGUAGCUCUUUUGCGAGGUCCUAUCGGCUCAAUGGUUGAAUUGUCAAUUGCUGGAGAGGAUCCCAAGGUGGAACCGCGAACAUUACUAAUAGAGCGACGGACUUUGCCCUUACCCCCCUUGCAGAGUCGUAUGCUUGAUGCGGGGAACGGUCGAUUGGUUGCUUAUAUGCGUCUUCAUUACUUCACUCACGAAGGAACCAAGAAAAUGGCCUCUGCCAUACGAGAAGGAGAAGCACUUGGGGUAGAUGGCUACAUCUUGGAUCUCCGAAAUAACCCGGGAGGUGUCUUCGAGGAAGCAGUUGCAAUGGCAGCUCUAUGGCUCGACUGCAAAGGCUGCAACGUAACUGAAACAGUCCGUAGUAACGAGGCUGACAUCGAAGAUCUUGUAUACACUGUGGGAAAUUUGCCGAAGGAUGUGUUUCUGAAGCACCCAGGAGCACUCACGCAUGCCCCCUUGACCGUCAUUACAAAUCGAGACAGCGCUAGUGCCAGUGAGGUCUUGACUGGAGCGCUUCAUGACAACCAUCGUGUUAUGACUGUAGGUGAACGAACCUUCGGGAAAGGCGUUGUUCAGUAUUAUUUCCCUAUGGACGAUGGAAGUGGUUUAAAGCUCACUGUGGCGAAGUACCUCACACCAGACCACUAUGAUAUUUCUAAACGGGGCGGCAUAGAGCCUGAUAAAGCGUGUCAUGACUACCCACAUGGGAAAGACUCAUUAGACACAUGCAUUGAAGAAGCUUUGAAGAUGUUAGUUGUCAAAGAAGCCCCUGAUCAUGCAUCUUAUCCCUCUCCCAUGCCCUACCGUUGGCUUCCUCUCUCAAAGAGUUGGGCUAAAGGAUCAUACUAGAGAUCAAAAGAGCCGAGUGAUCUGCCAAGUAGAGGAAUUAGGUGUGUGUGUUGUGAAACUAGUUGACAAACUCUAAACCAUGGAGCAUGGUACGUUCUUUAGUGUAAAAAGUUGGAAGGUUGUUCAAUCGUUGUUAGAUUUUGUAUUAAAAUUGACUAUAUAAUCUGCAGAGAUACUGCAGGGUGACUACUUAUGGAUGACAUUUACAUCCUCAUUUAGAAUGAAGUAUUUCCACAUCACCAUUUCAUGCAGGGUGAUAACUUUU